ACGUUACGACAGCGUGUUAACACAUGUUUUAGCCUCUCGUCCACGUCCCCGUCAACAGAAAUCGGUGAAGAAGAUCAUUGAAGGAUAAAUGGCCGUAAGUCUGGCGUUCAGAGGCGCCUCGUGUAGCCGUUUUCCGUUGAUUCAUCACUCUCAGAUUCCUGUAUCUAAAUGCACAUCGACAAGGAGGUUUAAUAGGUUCUCUGUUUUUGCUCGGUCUACGCAGCCGCCGGACCUCUUCACUAGGCGUCUUCAAGAUGGUUUUGAGAACCUGCCGAAACUUGUGGAGGAUAUUGUCCAGACAUCCUUAAGUACUGGUCCUCGUGGAGCUCUUAGAUUAGCUCAAGGUAUCCAAGCAGUUAUUGGUGUUGGUAGUGAGUGGCUGGCUGAUGCUUCCAAGGCUGCAAAUACAUCUACUGGCUUAGCAACUGAACUUCAGCUUGGAUUGUUAUCACCCCGCUAUUUGAGGAAAUUAUUUGAACGCCUGGGUGCAACGUACAUCAAAUUAGGUCAGUUCAUAGCAUCUGCCCCAACACUAUUUCCACCAGAGUAUGUCCAGGAGUUCCAAUACUGUUUCGACCGAGCUCCUGCAGUUCCCUUUCAAGAGAUUCAAGCAAUCUUGCGUGAGGAGUUAGGCAAGCCAAUUGAUGCUGUAUUUGAGUAUGUGGAUCCAACACCCUUAGCGUCUGCUUCCAUUGCACAGGUGCAUGCUGCUAGGAUAAGGGGUACCCAAGAGGAUGUAGUUAUAAAGGUUCUAAAACCAGGAAUAGAAGAUAUCUUGGUGGCAGAUUUGAACUUCGUAUAUAUUGUUGCACGCAUUUUGGAAUUUUUGAGUCCCGACCUAAGCCGAGCAUCUCUGGUUGCUAUUGUUAAAGACAUAAAGGAAUCAAUGCUUGAAGAAGUGGAUUUUAAGAAGGAGGCAAGGAACAUUGAAUCUUUCAGGAGAUAUUUGGCAGAAAUGGGACUCAUAAGGCAAGCUACUGCUCCAGAAGUAUAUCAGCAAUAUAGCACUAAACGGGUUCUCACCAUGGAAAGGCUUUAUGGAGUACCUCUAACAGACUUGAAUUCUAUUAACUCGCUUGUUCCGAAUCCAGAAAACAGUCUUAUAACUGCCUUAAAUGUCUGGUUUGGUAGCUUGCUUGCAUGUGAGAGCUUUCAUGCCGAUGUUCAUGCUGGCAACCUGUGGCUACUACGUGAUGGCCGCAUCGGAUUCCUCGACUUUGGAAUUGUUGGGAGGAUUUCUCCGAAAACAUGGACUGCCAUGGAACUAUUUCUUUCGUCAUUAUCAACCGAAGAUUAUGAUUCCAUGGCUUCUUCCUUGAUUGAUAUGGGUGCUACAAGCAAUGAUGUUGACUCAAAGGCUUUCGCGAGGGACCUGGAAAAGAUAUUUUCCUCGAUUCAGGCUAUGGAUACUGAAAUCAUAGUUGCUACAGCAAGGGAGCCGAAUACAAACACAACAGCCGUUGCUGCCAAUCUUGUCGUUGACGAGAGACAAAUGAAUGCGCUGUUUCUCGAUGUGGUUCGGGUAAGUGAAUCGUAUGGCCUUAAAUUUCCUCGGGAGUUUGCGCUUCUCAUGAAGCAGCUUCUUUAUUUCGACCGGUACACGCGAAUUUUGGCUCCCAAUAUGAAUAUGCUGCGGGAUCAGAGGAUCAUCAUUGUUCCAAACCAGAGGAAUAGAAACGCAUUUCAGUGAGAGGUGGCUUGGAGCAAAGGUGCAACCAAUUCAAUUUGGUUAAAAGGUAACAUGAAGCAUUAUUAGUGUGUAUUCUAAUCAACAUAUAGUAAAUACACGCCCACACACAAACACAAGAAAGCAAUGUAGUGUAUGAUGAAAAAGGAAAGAGAAAAAUACUGAGAACAAUCAUCUUCUA